AUGGCCGUGGGGACUGAAUUCAACGGAGGCGCGCCGUCGGGUGUGCGGCGGAGGGCCUGCUCGUGCUCAAAAGACGAUUUUCUCCCCGAGGAAUCGUUCAGGAGCUGGGGCAACUACGUGAACGCGCUUAGGCAGACACCGGCCCGGCUGGCGGACCGGGUCCUGACCCGGUCGACCGCGGACGCGGAGCUCGAGGUGAAGGCGCGCAGCGAGCACGAGAUGAAGAGGACGCUGACGUGGUGGGACCUGAUUUGGUUCGGCAUGGGCGCCGUCAUCGGCGCCGGGAUAUUCGUCCUCACCGGGAAGGAGGCGAAGGAGGCCGCCGGCCCCGCCGUAGUGCUGUCGUACGUGGUCUCGGGGCUAUCAGCGUUGCUGUCGGUCUUCUGCUAUACAGAGUUCGCCGUGGAAAUCCCUGUUGCAGGCGGCUCGUUCGCAUACCUCCGAGUCGAGCUCGGCGACUUCAUGGCCUUCAUCGCCGCCGGCAACAUCCUUCUCGAGUACAUGGUCGGCAAUGCCGCCGUCGCCCGCUCUUGGACGUCCUACCUCGCCGCCCUCUUCAACCAAAAACCCGAGACCUUCCGUAUCCAUGCCGCUGCUCUCCCCCACGACCUCAACCAACUCGACCCAAUCGCCGUCGUUGUGCUCGCCGUCAUCUGCUUCUUCGCUGUCCGUAGCACCAAAGGCUCGUCCCGCCUCAACUACAUUGCCUCCGUCGUCCACGUCAUCGUCAUCGCCUUCAUCAUAAUCGCCGGCCUCACAAAAGCCAACCCUGCCAACUUCUCCCCCUUCGCUCCGUUUGGAGUGCGCGGCAUCUUCAAGGCCUCGUCGGUGUUGUUCUUCGCGUACAUCGGUUUCGACGCCGUCUCGACUUUGGCCGAGGAGACGAAGAACCCGGCCCGUGACAUCCCGAUCGGGCUCGUCGGUUCAAUGGUGAUGACAACGGUUAUAUAUUGCGUGCUGGCGGCAACCCUGUGCCUAAUGCAACCGUACGUCAAUAUCGACCCGGACGCUCCCUUCUCAGUGGCCUUCAAGUCCGUGGGUUGGAGUUGGGCCCAAUACCUCGUCGCCCUCGGGGCGCUCAAGGGGAUGACGUCGGUCCUCCUCGUCGGGUCCGUGGGCGAAGCUCGUUACCUCACGCACAUCGCCCGGGCCCACGCGAUGCCCCCCUGGUUCGCGCAGGUCCACCCAAAGACGGGGACGCCCAUGAACGCGACGAUCGUGCUCCUAAGCGUCACGGCGGUGAUCGCGUUCUUCACGAGCCUCAACAUUUUGUCGAACCUUCUCUCGAUCUCGACGCUCUUCGUGUUCACGCUUGUUGCUGUGGCACUCAUUGUGCGGAGGUACUACGUGGCGGGGGAGACGCUGGUGAGUGAUCGGAACAAGCUUGUGGCGUGCCUCGUCGUGAUUUUGGGGUCGUCAGUGGCGACGGCGAUCUACUGGGCGACGGCGGGGAGCGGCAAGUGGGUCGGGUACUGCGUGACGGUGCCGGCGUGGGGUUUGGCGACGGUGGGGUUGUGGGCGUGUGUCCCGCAGGCGAGGAGGCCCGAGAAGUGGGGGGUUCCGAUGGUGCCGUGGCUACCGUCAGCAUCGAUAGCGGUGAAUGUGUUUUUGCUAGGGUCGAUCGAUGGGAAGUCGUUUGUGAGGUUUGGGGUGUGGACGGCGCUGUUGUUGGUUUACUAUUUGUUUUUCGGGUUGCAUGCUUCGUACGAUACGGCUAAGUCGGAGGAGUCGGGAUCGGAGUUGAGGAGGGUUGAGGAAGGGACAACUGCGGUGGUGGUGCGUGGUGGAGGGGCCAACGCCGCCCCAUCGGCGCCUCCUCUAUAA